AUGGGCGUCAGAGAAAUUGUCAUUCCACCAACAGAUGAUGAGAGGAACGUACUGGUGGCUCGUAAAUACCAAAUAGAAUUAUUCGAAAGGGCUAAAAAGGAUAACGUGAUCGCUGCUCUGGACACCGGAAGUGGGAAAACUUUCAUUUCAGUAAUGCUUAUAAAAGAUGUUGUAGCCGAAGAAAGACAAUUAAGAGCGACAAGGCGCGAGCUUAAGCUUACCAUUUUUCUGGUGAAUCUAGUUCCGCUGGUAUUCCAACAAUCCAAGGUAAUCAAAGCAAAUUGUGAUUUUAAAAUACAACAUUUAUGUGGAGAAAUGGGUGUAGACCUUUGGAGUGAGAAAGAAUGGAAGAAAAAAUUUGAAGAGUAUGAUGUACUUGUAAUGACAGCACAGAUUUUCUUAAAUAUACUGCGACAUGGUUUCAUUUCAUUGUCAAAUGUAAAUUUAUUAGUAUUUGAUGAAUGCCAUCAUACUUCUAAAAAGCAUCCAUACAAUUUAAUUAUGAAGGAAUUUUAUAAUCGUUGUCCAGAAGUUGACAGGCCAAAAAUUUUUGGUAUGACUGCAUCUCCUGUGAACACCCGUAAUUCUCUUCUUUCUGCUAGCAAUUUGGAAAGUAAUUUACACGCAAAGGUUUUUACUGCAAGUGAUACUUCAGAACUUCUUAAAUAUGUUAAUAGACCCGAGGAGUUAGCCAUAAAAUAUGAUCCGCCGCCAGAUUAUCAGCAAUCUGAACUUUACACAGCUCUUUGGAAUGAAUGCUUGGGCGCAGAAAACUUUCAAAGUGCUUUUUCUAGUGCUAGUUAUGCACUUUCAACAUUGGGACCUUGGUGUUCAGAUCGUAUAUGGGAAUCUAUUUUGGAAGAGAAAGAUAGGAAUAAGGAAAGGUUGGAUGUCAAGAAAUUUGAUAUGGGAUUGCUCCAGGAAUAUGAUGAAGAAAAACUAAUAACACAAAAGGCUUUAGCGGUUCUUGAUAAAUGGGUUUUCAAAAAACCUGAACUCGAUCAUUCUAUGCUAUCACCCAAAGUGAUUCAACUAAUUGAGAUACUUGCAUGUUUUAAAGAACAUAAUGGCACGGAGAAAAAUUUUUGUGGCAUUGUAUUUGUAGAACGUCGCCACACGGCAAAUGUGUUAAACUUUUUGAUAAAGGAAAUUGGAGUAUUGGAUUUCAUUAAGUCUGCAGUGCUUGUAGGGCACGGUACUAAUGAAAAUGGUGAUAUAAAUAUGAGAUUUAAAGAGCAAAACAAAACAAUCGAAGAAUUUCGUAAAGGUCAAAUUAAUCUACUAAUAGCAACUAACGUAGCUGAAGAAGGCUUAGACAUUCAACCAUGUAAUUUGGUCAUUAGAUUCGAUUUUUUUAAUACAUUAAGAGCUUACAUACAAUCACGUGGAAGGGCUCGUCGUAAAGAUUCAAAAUAUAUUGUAAUGAUUGAGCAAGGAAAUUUAAAAGAAGAGGGUAUACUUAAAGAAAUGAAAAUAGCUGAAGAGUCCAUGAAGAAGUGGUGUAGGAUGCUUCCAGAAGAUCGGGCCCUUCUAAGUUAUGAAUCUGCUGUGUCUCUCAUUCAUUAUUACUGUUCAAGCCUUCCAGGAGACAAUUAUUGUAUUUUGCAACCAGAAUUUAAAAUUGAACGGGAACAUUCGGGAUAUUCGUGUCAGUUAACUUUACCUAGUAAUGCUCCUUUUCGUACAGAAUCAAGUCAUGUUUGUGAAAGUCGACAUAAGGCUAAAAAGGUUGCUGCUUUCAAAGCAUGCAUCAGAUUAUACAAUUUAAAAGCAUUAAAUGAUCAUCUCUUGCCUGAAAUUGAAUGGGUAGAAGAAGAUCACGAGAUGAAACCAACUAGAGAUAAUGGUUUAAUCACUGAGAACAUUGAGAACAUUAAGAUCACUGAGAAAACCGAGAACAUUGAAAAUAUCAAGAUAACGGAGAUCACAAAGAACGCUGAGAACAUCAAUAUCACAGAGAAAACUGAAAACAUUGAAAAUAUCAAGAUCACAGAGACCAUGGAGAAAACUGAGAAUAUUGUGAACGCUGAGAACACUGAAAAUAUCAAGACCACCGAGACCACCGAGAAAACCGAGAAAACCGAGAACAUCAUAGACGUUGAGAAAAUCCCAAAGGAGUUAUACAUUACAAUAAUAAAGUUGGAAUUAGAAGACGAAAAAUACGACGGACAAUGUUAUCGCACAUUGUGUUUAUUGAGCCGUAAACAAAUUCCUCAAGUUCCAUCCACCACGUUGUUUUUUCAUUCCAACGCCAAAAUUUUAAAUAUAUUUCCUUAUUCAAAGCCAAUCAAAAUCGAGUUGGAAAAGUUGGAAAUGCUUUUCAAGUUUACGCUUCGUUUAUUUACUUCCAUAGUAAAUAAAGAGUUUGCAUGCGAUAUUGAUAAGUUUUCAUAUCUAGUCGCCCCACUUACUCAAUACGCGCCAAUUCACGAAAAUUCCUUUGAUUUUAUUGACUGGUGUGAAGUUGAGAAAGCAAUAACACACAAACAUUUAAAAAUUGAACUGGAUGAUGUGUCAAAGUUGGAGGAUGCUGUUAUAAUCGAUUACUCUGAUAAUUUAAGACGUUAUUUUGUACAAUCAAUCUGUUAUGAUCUAAACCCAUUAUCACCAAUACCACAAGGAAUGGCCAUAAGAGAAAAGGGUUGUCAAAAUUUUGGUGAAUUUUAUAAAAAAACAUUUGAACUUGAAGUAGAAAAUCUUGAUCAACCAUUAAUUAAAGUUAAAAAAAUUUCAAGAGUCAUGAAUUUCUUACAACCCAUACCCGGUGCACUUCCUAUAUUAAAAGGAAGAACAGCAACAUACGUAAUACCAGAAUUCUGCAAAGAGUAUUCGAUUAAAGCUUCAGUGUUUAGGUCUGCGCUUUUAUUACCAUCAAUAUUUACAAGGUUGGAUUCACAACUUCUGGCAUUAGAAUUAAAACAUAGAUUGGAUCUACCUAUUGAUGACGAAUUUAUGCUAUCAGCAUUAACUACACCAUCCGCAAAUAUGGAAAUGAAUUAUGAACGCCUUGAGACCCUUGGUGAUUCAUUUUUAAAAUUUUGCGUGACCGUUAGAUUAUAUGUUUCAUUUCCUGAAAAACAUGAAGGUCAACUUCAUAAUCAACGUAUUAGGAUAAUUUGCAAUAAGACACUUUAUAGAAGUGCAAAAAGAUUACGUCUAUAUGAACAUAUAAAUUCCUUGCCUUUUAAUCGUAGAGCAUGGAGACCUGCAAAUAUGAUGACUAUUACUGAUGAUCCAGAAAAUUCAAAAAAAAAUAGAGUUCAUGAUUUAGCUGAUAAAACACUUGCUGACGUGGUAGAAGCUCUUUUAGGAGCAGCAUAUUUAACCGGGGAGGAACAAGCAGGACUUAAAUGCGCUAGGGCAUUGGAAGUUCCAUUUGAUGAUAUUACCGAAUGGGAACAGUUUUCUCAGUGGAAUAAAAACCUACCGCGUGUAUCUAUUAAAGAUCAUAAAAGCGUAGAUAUUAAGAGGAUUGAGGAAAUUUGUGGUUACACUUUUAAUAAUAAGAACUUAAUUGCUGAAGCACUCACACACGCCAGUUUACCCAAUUCUACAACCUCGUGUUAUCAACGUCUUGAAUUUCUAGGUGAUGCUAUAUUAGAUUUCUUGACAGUAAAGUAUUUAUAUGAAAAAUAUCCAGAUAGUCCACCAGGAAUAAUUACAGACCUAAAAGAUGCGUCAGUUAAUAAUCAAAUUCUCGGGGCUAUUUGUGAAGUAGUUGGGCUCCAAAAACAUAUCAUUCAUUUUUCAUCAAAAUUACUAAGUGCCAUUACAAAUUUUUCAUCUAUAAUCGAAGAUAUGAGAGAAAAAAACGAAGAUUAUGGUGAAUAUUGGAGCGACUUGGAAGUUCCCAAGGUUAUGAGUGAUGUAAUAGAAAGUAUGCUAGGUGCUAUAUUUGUAGACUCGAUGUUUGACCCUAAGGCUCCUCAAAAACUUUUUGAUUUAUGGAUUGAGCCGGUUUUAAGUAAACACGUUACUCCUGAUACAUUAAAAGUACAUCCAGUAAAAAAACUUACAGAAAUAAUACAAAAGCAUGGAUGUGCUCAAUUUUUGUUAAGAAAUAUUACGACAGAAAAUAUAGAUAUGGAAAGUCAACAGUGCACAAUAUUUGUUCAUGAUACUGUAGUUGGACGUGCAAGUUCCAUGAGUAAUAUACGAGCAGCAAGAAAAUUAGCAGCACUGGUUGUUUUAGAAAAAAUUGAGAAAGAUGAGACGUAUCUUGAUUCUGUAUGUACUUGUUCAGCGUUUCCAAGAGAUGAUGAUAUCUUUCUGGAUUCAACUGAUGAUGAGGAAUUAUUAGAAUAA